AAUGUCGAGCGGCUAGCGCAGUUUUAUGCUCCGACCCAAUAUGUUUCAGAACUGCACGUGAUAUUCUUCUACCUGUUCGGAUUCUGUGGAAUCGCACACAUGGUGUCGAACAUCUUCUGCCAUGCUCACUCGCUGUACUACAUAAAUCCAUAUGGCCGGAUUUCGUACUAUCUGAAAAUCACCUUCAGCGGCUUAUAUAUUCUUUCGGCACCGAUUCUAGUUGGAGCCUUUAUUCUCUAUUGGAAGCAAUGCAUCACUUGGGCAUAUGACGUCUUUGCCAUAUGUGAGUACUGUGGAGUCUUUUUGAAUAUAUGCUUCCACGGUUGUGCCUUCUUCGAUAUCCGCUACAAGGUUUGCUUCAGUGUCCGUCACGUGGAACCGAUCAAGGACACGUCGAACGAUGAACCGCUAAAGAAGAACAAGAUCAGCCCCGAGAUCGAGCUGAAACCGCAUCGAUCACAUGGCUAG